AUAUAAUCAAAUUAUUUAAAAAAUGCCAAAUAUUAAUUUUAUAUUGAUUGGUACCUAAAAUCUAAAUUACCUUUUUAAGAAAUAUUUCUUACGAGUUACCGACCGUCAAUAUAGGUCAAACAAAUUUCAUAUUAAAAACAGUUAUUUUACCCAUUUUUCAAAUAAAAUAAAUUUGUUUUAAUAAAAAAGAAGCUAAUCGUUCUUUUUAUUAAAAUGUCUGAAGGUUUUAAACCAUACACGCCUGGCUGGAAUGAUCCACCAUCGUAUUCAUUUGAAGAUUCAGUGAGUGCUCAGCAAAAAAAUCGCCCAAAAAUAUUUGAUCGGAUACCAGCUCGAGUGAUUGGGAAUUCUCAAGAAUCUGGGCAUAAUGAUGAACCUAAUCAAGUACUAUUAAAUGCAAAUAACUGCUCUGCCAGUAAUGUUUUAAAUCCAACUGAAACUUCACUGCAAACUAGUGACAUUUCUGUGGAACAAAGGUUACCAUAUGUAAUAACGUCAUUAAAUGAAUCUAUUCAAAAAUCAUCUUUAACAGAACCUAAAAAGGUAGAUAUUAGUAAGCGGCUCUCCAGAUUGGAGUCCAGUUGGAAUGAUAGUCAGUUUACAGAUGUAGUACAACAAAAAACAGUAGCUUUAGUUAAAGCAAUUGAAAGUGGAAAUUUUGCGGAAGCAAAUAGAUUACAAAUGGCAUUGAUGGUUGAUCAUACGAGGCAAUGUAACACUUGGAUACCAGCUAUUCGACAAUUAAUUAAUCAGCAUAUUUAAAAUUAUAUACAAUUUCAUGUUCAUAUUUAUUACGUGUUUAUUUUUAAACAAUUUACCAAAUUACUAUUUUAAUAAUAGUUAAAAGUUUACAACAAUAGAUUGGCGUAAGAUAUAUAUAUAUUUUUUUAAUUAGAAUUGAUUUCUUAAAUAUAAAUACA